GUUUAUCAUAAUUGUAUUCAAUCGAUGUGUUUCGUGUAACUCUUGUUUAAUAUUCGCGAGUGUGACAAUAGUUUUUAGGUUUGCAGUGAGAUAGACGUCUAAUUUAAAACGAAGUCGGUGCUUACGAGUUCGCGAUGCCAGAAGUCCGUGUGGAAGAGGUUCAGAGGUUUAUGGAGGAGAGUCUGGUAGCGGGAGGAGCACCUCUCCCUGAAGCCCAAGCCCACGCGGCUCUGCUCCUUCAUGCAGACCUGGUGGGACACUUCAGUCAUGGACUUAAUAGGCUUGAACUUUACUUCAAUGACAUGAAAAAUGGAGUUUGUGACGCAAAGGCCAAGCCGGUAAUUUUGAAGGAAUCAGAAUCGACCGCCUGGGUUGACGGAUGUAACAGUCUGGGUGCAACAACAGCCAGUUUCUGUAUGGAUAUAGCUAUAAGGAAAGCUAAAGAAUAUGGUGUUGGAUGGGUGGCUGCGAAACGUUGUAAUCAUUUCGGAAUGGCCGGCUACUGGGCUAUCAAGGCUGAGAGACAUGGUUUGAUUGGAAUGGCAUACACAAAUUCUGCACCAAUCAUGGUUCCCACACGAGCGAAAAACAGUUCGAACGGGACCAAUCCAAUAUCCAUGGCUUGUCCUGCGGCCGGAGGAGACUCUCUCGUCGUAGAUAUGGCGACCACAGCUGCUGCUAUGGGGAAGGUUGAAGUACAAAUCAAGAAAGGAGAAAAAAUACCUGAAGGAUGGGCAUUAGGACCCGACUACAAACCCACCACAGAUCCCCAAGUGGCGUUUGACUCGAGCCGUCUGAUGCCGCUUGGUGGGCCGGAGGAAACCAGCGGAUACAAGGGAUAUGCACUCAGCACGAUGGUCGAGGUGUUCUGCAGUGGACUCUCUGGUGCCAGCCCUACUCAUAAAGUGCCGAUGUGGACUUACACCCAGCAGGACCCUCCGAACCUCGGUCAGUGUUUUGUGGCCGUUGAUCCUCAGCGGUUUGCGCCCGGAUUUGGACACAGAAUCAAGGAAUGCCUGGAUCACUAUAGGAGCAUGGAACCAAUCGAUCCAUCUUUACCAGUGCUGGUACCUGGUGAUAAAGAGAAGCAGAAUCAAGAAGCCUCCAGGCUAAGAGGUACCAUCGUCUAUCCUCAAGGACAGAUAGACACUUACAUGAAGUUGGCACAGAGAAUUGGGGUGAAGCCACUUCAAGUUUUGGACUGAUUAAUAAAUUUAUUGGAGAGUGUUUAUAA